AAAAGGAAAACUACGAAACCCUAGAAAGAAAGAAAGGAGCAAUAUAAUGGGUGGUGCAUGGAAGAAUACGGAGGACGAAAUAUUGACGGCAGCGGUGAACAAGUAUGGGGAGAAUCAAUGGUCCAAAAUUUCUUCUCUUUUAGUUCCAAGAUCACCCAAGCAAUGCAAGGCGCGUUGGUACGACUGCCUCGAUCCCUCCAUUAAUACGACUGAGUGGACUCAGGAAGAAGAUGAGAAAUUGUUGUGCCUUGCAAAGCUGAUGCCCAAACAAUGGAGAACUAUUGCCCCGAUUGUCGAGCGUCCUCCGUCUCAGUGCCUGGAAAGAUACAAGAAGCUCGUUGAUCCAACCGGUGCUACAGACGAGAAUCCUGUAUUAUUACAGGAUUAAGGAUUUUAAUGCUCUCAUGAGAUUUAAUUUUUUUACUUGCAUUGUUUAUUCAGUAUUCACCCAAAAAAUGUAUUAUAUUUCAAUCUUACAUUCAUUGUUGAUAUUUUUUUUUUUUGAAUUUUAAAAAUAGUUCCUAGGGACCCUUU